CCUUGCCGUAGUGACGUCACACCCAAACAAGCGACAGUCAGCUGGUGGCUUGUGUCGGAUGCUCGAACCAGCUGGGUUUUCUCUAAAUAACUUGUAUCACAAUGUCUCAGGAUCUAUGGUUACAGAACUACGACGCUACUUGUCGCCUGGCGCAGGAAAUCGCAGAAAAUGUUCAUGAGCGGAACAGGCAGCAGAGAACAGGGGGGAACACUGCAAAGAUCAACAUGACGCUACGGGCGUCACUGCAGAAGCUGAAACAGAAUAUUGCCCAGCUCAAAGAGGGCUUGUUGCGAGCUUCGUCAUCUCGACGCAUAAUGCAGUCAGAAGCUGACAGGAGACAGAACCUCAUUGAUGACCUGCUAACCAGAGAGAAGCAGCUCAAUGCCACCUUCAAGGGAGACAUCACAGAGCCAGAACCUUCCAGGUCAACAUUGAUGGCUGGAGGUGCAGGAGGGAGUGGGCGUGUUGCAGCUAACCCCUGGCUGGUCAACGAAUCAGAGGAGACCAGAGGGCUGACCUUUGGAGAAAUCAAACAACAGCAACAACAAAUCAUUCAAGCCCAGGAUGCAGGCCUGGAUGCACUAGCAGCUGUCAUCAGUCGACAGAAGAUAAUGGGCCAGGAGAUUGGCAAUGAGCUGGAGGAACAGAAUGAAAUCAUCGAUGACGUCGCUCAUCUCGUGGACAAAACAGAUGACAGGAUUCGUAAUGAGACACGAAGGGUGAAGCUGGUGGAGACAAAGUCAGCCUCCUGUGGGAUGCUGGUGGUGAUCGUGCUGCUUCUCAUAGCCAUCGUAGUGAUCGCUGUGUGGCCCGUGUAGGUGACGAGGACGGCGGUGAUCAUGGACCAUUGCUGGAUGAGCACUACAGUGACAGUUUGGUGCAGAAUGCCACUUUGCAUACACCUGGUACACAUUUACCGGACACCCAUUUGAACACUGUCUGUCAUCAGAUUUUAUUUUCUUAUUCCUGCUCAGGGUCACUGGUGACUGCCCAAUCAAGGCAGUGAGAAAAGAAGAGCAUGACUCUACAGUGAGUUGUUGCUUGGGCAAUGGCCAUCUGUAACCCUGUAAUAGCAGAUAUUUCAUGAGUGUACAUUGUCCUCUUCAAUAGUUGUCCAUCUGUCUGGCUCAUUAAAUCAACAAUUCAUUAAACAGUUAAUUAUUUAAAGGCAUGAAGUAUUAUGAAAUAUAUGUUUAUCCUGGUGAAUAUUGAGCCAAUAGCAGGACCUCCCACAGGUCUGGUCUGACGCUCACUCUGGGUGCAGUUAUUCCACAAGCUUCGCAAUAUUCACACUUACUUCUGUUUACCCAUGCAUUACUGUAGCUGUGUAAUGUUAUCAUCUGUCCUGGGAGUUUACAAUGUUUAUAGAGUAGCUCUCAGCCAAAACUAACUGUGGUACUAACAUGGCUGUUUUCCCUCCUUGUAAAUCACUUCAGCUUGUAAUUUCUAAUAAAUGACAUUUCCAGUUUUAAAGUC